AUGUUGAGUACCAUUGUUGACUACAUAGAAGAAAUUAAGGAUCAAUUUGUUCCAAUCGUCGCUAGAGCAGAAGACGAAGUCGAAGAAACUAAUGAUGGUGAAGAAGAAGAAGAUGAUGAUGAUGAUGACGAAGAUGAAGACGAGGAAGAAACUAAGGAUCAAUAUGACGAACUAAAAGAAGAAUGUCUACAGACGGAAAAAGGUAAAGCACUAAAACAUCAUUACGAUGAAUGUGCGGCAAGGGUUCAAUUACAAAAGGAACAACCAGGUUACGAUGAUUUGGAAAAUAAGGAAGAUUGUGUCGAAGAAUUUUUCCAUCUACAACAUUACUUAGACAGUUGUGCUGCUCCUAGACUAUUUAAUAAACUGAAGUAA